UGUCUCUUUAUUUUCUCUCUCUUCUAAACACACUCUUCAGUCUUCACUUCCCUUCAACACACAGAAAAAAAAGCUCUGAACUUUCUCUGAUUUUCAACAACCCCAUUUCAAAAUCAACCUUCAUUCACCAUUUCCAUGCAGAAAUUUCAUCUGGGUCUUUCUCAAAUCCCUCAUUCACCAUCCAUGGAAGAAGAGCACUCUUCAUCUUCAAUGUCAAUCCUAAGCACACCAUUUCUAGAAACUCCAAGAAAAACUCCCUCAAAACCAAACAAAAGAACCAUAGUCACAACAUUAAUGGAAGCUGCAACUUUCACAUCUUCUUCAUUCAAAGAAGACACAUAUUUCAUUUCCAACCUCAAAUCCUCAGAGAAAAAAGCAUUGAAACAGUUGAAGGAAAAGCUCUUAGCUUCUGAUGAAAUUACCAACAAUGGUUCCAUGUGGGGUGUUUGUUUGAUUAAAGGUGAUGAUGUUGCUGAUGUGUUACUCUUGAAGUUUCUUAGAGCUAGAGACUUUAGAGUCAAUGAUGCUUACACUAUGCUUGUGAAGUGUCUUUCUUGGAGAAAAGAAUUUGGUGCUGAAAAUGUUGUGGAUGAAGAUUUGGGAUUCAAAGAGCUUGAAGGUGUUGUUGCUUUCACUCAUGGGUUUGAUAGAGAGGGACAUCCUGUGUGUUAUAAUCAUUAUGGUGUGUUCAAAGAUAAGGAAAUGUAUGAGAGGGUUUUUGGUGAUGAAGAGAAGUUGAAGAAGUUUUUGAGGUGGAGGGUUCAAGUUCUUGAGAGAGGGAUCAAGCUUUUACAGUUUAAACCUGGUGGGGUGAAUUCUUUGAUUCAAGUCACUGAUCUUAAGGAUAUGCCUAAGAGUGAGUUAAGGGUUGUGUCAAAUCAAAUCAUGUCAUUGUUUCAAGAUAACUAUCCUGAAAUGGUUGCUCGUAAGAUUUUCAUCAAUGUACCAUGGUAUUUCAGCAUGUUGUAUUCAAUGUUCAGUCCAUUUCUGACUCAAAGAACUAAGAGCAAGUUUGUGAUCUCUAAGGAAGGAAAUGCUGCUGAAACACUCUACAAAUUUAUAAGGCCUGAGAAUAUUCCUAUUCAAUAUGGUGGAUUGAGUCGACCUAGUGAUUUUCAGAAUGGUCCCCCAAAACUAGCUUCUGAGUUCACUGUUAAAGGAGGAGAAAAAGUGAACAUACAAAUAGAAGGAGUUGAGAGUGGUGCAACAAUCAAGUGGGAGAUUGUAGUUGGAGGCUGGGAUUUGGAAUACAGUGCUGAAUUUGUUCCAAAUGCAGAAGCUAGCUACACUAUAGAAGUUGAAAAGGCAAGGAAAGUUAAUGCAUCAGAAGAAGCAAUUCAGAAUUCAUACACAUCAAAAGAAGCAGGCAUAAUGGUACUCUCGGUCGAUAACUCUGCGUCUAGGAAGAAAAAAGUCGCUGCUUAUCGCUAUUUUGUUCGAAAAUACAACAGCAAUACACCAUCUGAUAUGCAAUUAAGCCUCAAAAUCAAAUAGUGGUCACAACAACAAUACAUUUCCCUUAUGUUUUUGCUGGUGAUUUAAUCAUGUUAAAAAUGGUACUUAGUGGUGUAUUAGUACUUGUUUGGUUUAUGAUGUAAAAAAUAGUGAGAAAUGGUGCAUGAUCAAUUGAGUAAAGAAGAAAAGCUAUUAAUUUUGCGUAUUGUGAUGAGUUUUGUCAGAGGGUAUUGUCAUUAUUGACAUGUGUGUAUGAAAGUACUAGUGAAUUGAUUGAAUAUAGACCUUGGUCAAUGAAUUUACCUGCUCUUGAA